AUGGGCAUGAACUGCGUUGGCUUCAAAAUGUCGCCAGAAGUCGUGGAACAAUUGCCUUCGUCUUGUUUGCGAACACCGAAACUCGCGUCUUCUUUGGGGGCGAUUGAUUGGAUGUGGUGGCUAACCUAUGUCAAUAGCGGACACUCGGCGUCUCCACAGACAAGCCCGGCCGCAUAUGUAUCGCCAAAUGAGGAGAAGACCGGUCAAGUGGCAUCGAACAACUUCGACCUCUCAAUUCCUGACAUGCGACUCUUGCAUCACUGGACUUCUAAAGGAUACGUAGCUCUGCAUCCUAAUCUUGCCAAAAGAAGCGACGUCUGGCAAUGCGCUAUGGUCGAACUCGGUUUUGAGCACCCCUUUCUUCUUCAUGGAAUCCUUGCUCUUUCAGCGAUACACAAAGCAUCAUUCUACAUGCCUGGCGAUAGGCAAGAGCUUCUCUCACAGGCCGAUGCCCACAUCAGUCGAGCUCUGGACGUCAUGCGAACACAUCUUCAGACACCGAGUGAGGAAACCGCCAUCCCGAUGUUCGUCUUGUCCUCGGUGCUCCUUACCUACAAUUUCGCCUCCGUGCAGGAAAGACCAGAUGAUCCUAUCGGCUCAGUUCACCACUGCUUCAUGCUGCUCAACGGUAUCAAAGUCGUCAUUGGCACACACUGGGACAGAUUGAAGGACAACCCUUCGCUUGCACAUUUUGUCGCAAUGUCCGCACCGGCAACUCUCAGCAUCCUAGACAAACUCGCAGGAGAUGAGCAACGGCCAGAGAUACUGCACCUCCUGGAACUUACCGAGCUUGUUCUGGAUGCCCAGGACAAACAAGCGUGCACAGAAGCUAUCAAAGAGCUACAUUACGUUGCCGUCCGCUGCAGGCACAUCAACACAGAUCGUGACGACGAGUAUCCUUUCCUUUGGCUGUGGGCGGCUAGGACAUCCAAUCACUUCUUUGGUCUCCUUGCGGCGCACAAUCCUAUCGCUUGUAUCAUUGUGGUGCAUUUUGGGGCACUUUUGGCCCAGGCCCGCCAGGUUUGCUUGCGUAAUCCAUUGGCCGAGGAAAUUCGACAGGAGUUGGAAAUGUGCCAAAGUUUACGCCGUAUAUCCGUCACCAAACUGACCUUUGGACAUGUCCAGAUCUCUGCUUCCGUGGAAAUGCAUGCUCUGGCAGAACCGCACAAUACAUCUCUCAGCGACCUGUGUCUUACUCAGCACACUACUCAAUCAGCAGACACACUCAUUCGCACUAUGCACAGCCCGCCCGAUGGACUCGACUUGGCCCUAUGCUUCAAACGAUACAGCCAGGACGAGCUGACGAAUGCCUGCUAA